AUGGAGGACAAGCCCCCCAUACAGGUCUUUGGGGUCGAAGGUCGGUAUGCAACGGCGCUGUAUUCUGCUGCAUCCAAAUCGAAGACUUUGGACACUGUGGAAAAGGAUUUAAACACCAUUCGGGAUACCCUUGCGAAAGAUGUUCGUUUGCGUGAAUUCUGUGUCAACCCCAGCUUGCAGCGCGCAGCUAAGGUUACAGAGUUCGGCAAGGUUUUGGACAAACUGAAGGCGAAUCCACAAACAAAAAAUAUGUUCAUUACUUUGGCAGAGAACGGUCGUCUUGCUCGAAUAAAUGUCGUUCUAGAUAAAUUCGCUCAGAUCAUGAGCGCUCAUCGAGGUGAGGUGGCAUGCGUGGUACGUACGGCCAAGGCUUUGGAUCGUACAAUGGAACAGGAAUUGCGAACUGCGUUGAAUGAGUUCCUGAAGCCUGGAGAAAAGCUUCACUUGACUUUACAGACCGACCCCACAUUGAUCGGAGGCAUGGUUGUAAGCAUUGGUGAUCGGUUUGUGGACAUGUCCAUUGCACGGAAGGUUCGCACCUACCGCGAAGCAUUAGAACAACCUCUGUGA